AUGAGCAAUGCCAAUUCUUCGCCAGAAGAAGGUGAGGGAAACGGGAAUGACAUUGGAUACAGUGUGGAAAUAAAUACCCAGUAUGAAGUAGGUGAAGAAUUCAAGAAACCCGAGUACCUCCACGGGCCACACGUUGAAGUUAAUGAUGCUCAUGUAGAACUAAGCCUUGCUCGUACCAGAGCAGUUAGUAAAAAGAAUAAAGUCUCCCUUGAAGCAGAUUUGCCUUCUGCAAAUGCGGGAAUAAAGGCUGACCAGGAUGAAGCCUACGUUGGUAUGAAAGGAAGUGUCGGGCAAACUGAAUUCCAUGUUGGACCGCUUGGAGCGGGGGUACAGGGUCUGAGCGGUGGAGUUGAGGGUCGUAUUGGAGAAAGG